AUGGGGCUGGUCUUUUUGGCUGGUUUAGCUGGCAUUUUAUGGGGCGUAUAUGUUGGAGUUACCCAGUUUUAUCUAAUGAGGCAGAUGGCUAAUGAUCCUGAUGAUGAGAAAUUCGCGUCUUACGGAGGCUACGCUGUAAUGACAGGAUGCACAGACGGAAUAGGAAAAGCUUACUGCCUGAGAAUGUGCCGGAAAAUAGACAAAUUCGUUCUGAUCGGUCGCAAUCGUGAGAAACUCGGCAAACUUACGGCCGAAAUGAAAGAAAUCAACUCUAAAGUGCAGACGAUUGAGAUUCUAGCGGACUUCGCUGGGCAUGUUGACUAUCCAGCGCUUGAAAAGAAGUUAGCUAGCUUGGACAUUGGCGUGUUUAUGAACUUUGUUGGUGUCUCGUAUCCGCUUCCGCAGAUGAUCCAUAAAAUGGACGCAGACUAUCCGAAUUUGUCGUGGGAUCACAUCAAUGUAAAUUUGGUUUCUGCGACGCAGCUAUCCCGUGUGAUUGUUCCAAAAAUGGUUGAGCGGAAAUCUGGUCUUGUUGUUUAUGUUUCUUCAGGCUCUUCAACUCAGCCAACACCAUUUCAAAGCUCAUAUGCAGCGGGAAAGAAACUUCUUGAUCAAUUGGCAAUAAAUAUGAGUUAUGAAUACGCGGGCACUGGGGUCGACUUCCAAUCUAUCAAACCUUACUACGUCGCUACCAAACUGACUCAAAACAAGCUUCAGCAUAACUACAGCUACACCACGAUGAUUCCCUCUGCCGAAGAAUACACAAGACAAGCACUUGGAACUAUUGGAAGAUUCGUGACAACUCACGGCUAUGCGAAGGGUUUAAUUGAUCUUGACUUAUCUUCUUUUUGA